GUGCAUUAUGACUUGCUAAUUUAGGUAUAAGCAUAAAAUGCACUUAAACACUUAUUGAUUUUCACACAGUAACGAUUUCUACUGAUUUUAAAAAUUUAUUAUAUUUUAUUACUGCAUAACAAUAAGUUGUGAUAGAUUAUAUUAGAUUUGGUUAUAUUUCUGGCCCAUAAUUUAAUUUUGAAUUUGAAGUGGUGAUUUCUCAUUUUAUUCCAUCUUACUUCAAUCACUUAUACUCUAUAUCACUUAUUAAUAAUCUACCUAAUCAUUGUUUAUAUUAGAUAUUAAUAGAACGCUUGAAUUAUUAAACACACAGUCUCCAUCAUGCUGCGAUCAGGCGUGUUUCGAGGACUACUCACUUGUGAGUUACCUAAUUUGUCAAAACAGAACUUUUUACCGAAAUAUUAUUCGGCGAGUGCAAACGCCGCGCAGAAAACAAACCAUCAAACAGUUGAAUAUGAAAAUGCCAAGCCGUACAACACCAUUCCAGGACCAAAACCACUUCCAAUUGUUGGAAAUGCGUGGAGAUUCAUGGGAGGCAUUGAUUUUUUGAAAAUUUGCAAAGAAAUGCAUAACAAAUAUGGCGAUAUUGUAAAGAUGCGAGAACUACUCGCUUUCGGUGACAUGACAUUCUUGUUCAACACUCGUGACAUAGAGUACAUGCUCCGUAAUGAAGGACAAUGGCCGAGUCGUGAAGCCCUGCCAUCUAUGAUGUAUUAUCGCCAUGUAUUACGUCGAGAUGUUUAUGGAGACACUCAUGGUUUGGUCAACGGUCAAGACGAAAAAUGGGGCACUUUCCGAACAGCAGUUAAUCCCAUUAUGAUGCAGCCACGUGUUACCCAUCAAUACAUUCCACAAAUCAACGAAAUCGCUGAUGAAUUUAUUGGUUUAGUAAAGAAUUUGAAGGCGAAAGAUGCCAACGGUGAAAUGCCUGCAAAUUUUAUUGACCAAAUGAAUAAAUGGGCUUUUGAGUCGAUUACCGCCAUUGCUCUGGAUACCAGACUGGGAGUAUUGGCGGAGAAACCAAGCGAAAGAGCUGAGACAGCUAUGAAUUACAUGUUGGAGAUUUUCCGUCUUUCUCUGAAAUUGGAUAUUUUGAUUACUGGUAAAUAUCACAGAAAGUACAAUACUCCAACAUGGAGAAAGUUUGUAAAAUAUCAGGACUUUUUCACCACUAUGGUAAUGGAUCUUAUUAACGACGCAAAAACAAAAAUUGAUAACGAUCCGGACUAUGCAAAAAAGUCAGAGAAUGAUAAAUCAGUUUUUGAAAAAUUGAUCGUUAAAGAUAAACAAAUUGCGAUUGUAAUGAUUUUAGACAUGUUGGGAGCUGGUAUUGAUACUACAUCAAGGGUAGGUGGAGCUACUUUGUACUACCUUGCAAGGAAUCCUGAAGCUCAGGCAAAUUUACGCGUUGAACUCAAACGCCUUAUGCCCAAGAAAGAUACAGUGAUAACAAAAGAAAUCCUCGAUGAAGCUAAAUAUCUUCGCGCAUGCAUUAAGGAAGCAUUAAGAUUUGCGCCUAUUUCGUUUGGCAACAUUCGCAUCAUGACCAAGGACAUUGUCCUUGCAGGAUAUCAGAUCCCAACUGGAAGUGUUGUCAAUCUACCCAAUCUUUACCUGUCGAAAGUGGUGGAUACGCAUUUCUCCAAUCCAAGUGCUUAUAUUCCCGAACGUUGGUUGCGCGACGUUAAAACAGAACAUGUGAACGCUUUCGUUUCACUACCAUUUGGAUUCGGUGCUAGGAGUUGUAUUGGCAAGCGGAUGGCCAAUAUGGAGAUAGAGGUUCUCGUUGCUAAGAUGGUGAGGAAUUUCAUGAUGGAGUGGAAACACAAGGAUAUGGCAUUCAAGCAGGAAAUGUUGUAUGGCAUGGCGGAUCCGUUGAAAAUUCGAUUGAGCGAUUGGGAAAUGUUAAUAAAUAAAUAUAGGUUAAUAUUCAUCAUGCGGCGAUCGUGUGAGGUUCGUGCGCUCCUCGCACGCCAAUUGCCGAAUUUAUUCAAAACAAACAAAAUAAUUCAACCUAAACAUUACUUGACAACAACCUCAACCUCAACAAAUACAUAUCGCACAGUUGAAUACGAAAAUGCCAAGCCGUACGCCUCCAUUCCAGGACCUCGACCACUUCCGAUCGUUGGAAAUGCGUGGAGAUUUUUCGGAGGUGUUGAUUUCGUAAAGAUGUGUAAACAAAUGCAUGAAAAAUAUGGCGAUAUCGUAAAGAUACAGAAAUUAAUAGCAAUUGGAGAUUUGACCAUAGUGUUCAACACUCGUGAUAUGGAGUACGCACUUCGUAAUGAAGGCCAAUGGCCAUAUCGGCAAAAUUUUGAGUCUAGUAUGUACUACCGCCAUGUUUUACGCAAAGACAUUUUCGGAGACACUUACGGUGUAGUUAAUGGCCAAUAUGAAAAGUGGGCCACAUUCCGGACUGCAGUCAACCCCAUUAUGAUGCAGCCACGUGUAACCCAUCAAUACAUUCCACAAAUCAACGAAAUCGCUGACGAGUUUAUUCAUUUUGUGAAGAUUUUGAAGAAGCAAGACCCAAAUGGUGAAAUGCCUGCGAAUUUCGAAGAUCAACUAAACAGAUGGGCAUUUGAAUCCAUCACCGCUAUUGCUCUGGAUACCAGAUUGGGGGUAUUAGCAGAGAAACCCAGUGAAAGAGCUGAGACAGCCAUGCAAUACAUGUUGGAAAUGUUCCGAAUUUUAUUAAAACUUGACAUUUUUGUGACUGGAAAAUAUCAUAGAAAAUUCAACUCGCCUUUAUGGAGAAAGUUUGUGAAAUAUCAGGACUUUUUUACUGAUAUGACCUUGGAACUCAUCGAUGAGGCCAAACAUAAAAUCGAUAAUGAUCCGGAUUAUGCUCGUAAGCCUGAACAUGAUAAAUCUGUUUUUGAAAAAUUGGUGGCUAUUGAUAAGAAAGUUGCUAUGGUCAUGACUUUGGACAUGCUGGGAGCUGGUAUUGAUACUACUUCAAGAGUAAGUGGAACAGCUUUGUAUUUUCUCGCCAAGAAUCCAGCGGCGCAAGAAAAGCUCCGCGAUGAAUUAAAACGCCUUCUGCCAAAAAAAGACACUCCCAUCACAAAGGAAAUCAUAGAUGAAGCUAAGUACCUUCGUGCUUGCGUUAAGGAGACUUUACGGUUUGCACCAAUCACGUUUGGUACCACUCGCAUGAUGCCCAAGGACCUAGUCAUUGGCGGGUAUCAGAUACCCGCUGGAACUUACAUUACUUUACCUAAUUUAUACUUAUCGAAGGAGGUGGACACGCAUUAUUCCAAUCCGAGUGCUUAUACUCCGGAACGUUGGUUGCGUGGUGAGAAAACCGAGAAUGUGAAUUCGUUUGUUUCGUUACCAUUUGGUUUCGGGCCUCGAAGUUGUAUUGGUAAACGGAUGGCAAACAUGGAGAUUGAGAUGGUUGUUGCUAAGAUGGUAAGAAAUUUCAAAAUGGAGUGGCAUCAUAAGGACAUGACUUUCAAACAAGAGUUUCUGUAUGGUUUUGCGGAUCCAUUGAGACUCCGAUUGAGCGAUAUUACUGACUGAUAAUAUAACUACUUAUGUUUAUUGUAAUUUUUUUAAUUUAAUGAUUUUUUAAAUUUUAA